UGUAAAAUAAUUCCCACAGCUCUAAAAUGGCCUCCAUUAGCAUGCUGAAUCCGAAGGCUGAGUUCGCCCGUGCGGCUCACGCAUUAGCAAUUAACAUCACUGCCGCAAAGGGCAUUCAAGAUGUUAUGAAGACCAACCUCGGCCCGAAGGGAACGAUGAAAAUGUUGGUUUCGGGAGCCGGCGACAUCAAAAUCACCAAGGACGGCAACAUUCUGCUGCAUGAGAUGCAAAUCAAGCAUCCCACUGCCUCGCUGAUCGCCCGCGCCAGUACCGCCCAAGAUGACGUGACCGGAGACGGAACUACUUCAAUCGUGCUGAUCAUCGGCGAGCUUUUGAAGCAGGCCGAUCUGUACAUCGGGGACGGUCUGCAUCCCCGCAUCGUCGCCGAUGGGUUCGACCAGGCCCGCCUACAGGCGCUGGACAUUCUGGAACGGAUCGCGCACCCAAUCGUGGUAAACCGGGAGAAUCUGCUGAACGUCGCACGUACUGCCUUGCGAACCAAGGUGCACCCGGUGCUGGCCGAUCUGCUGACGGACGUGUGUGUGGAUGCGGUGCUGGCCAUCCGCACCGAAGACAAGCCGGUCGAUCUGCACAUGGUGGAGCUGAUGGAGAUGCAACACAAAUCGGCCAAUGACACGCAGCUCGUGAAAGGUAUUGUCAUGGAUCACGGAGCGCGCCAUCCCGACAUGCCGAAGCGCGUCGAGAACGCGUACAUUCUAACGUGCAACGUGUCGAUGGAGUACGAAAAGUCGGAGAUUAAUUCUGGGUUCUUCUACAAGACGGCUGGAGAGCGCGAGAAGUUCGUGUUGGCCGAGCGCGAGUUCAUUGAGGACCGCGUGAAGAAGGUGAUCGAGCUGAAGCGCAAGGUGUGCGAUGGUACGGACAAGACCUUUGUCGUCAUCAACCAGAAAGGCAUCGAUCCGAUGUCGCUCGAUAUGCUGGCCAAGGAAGGCAUCGUGGCGCUGCGCCGUGCGAAGCGACGCAACAUGGAGCGUUUGGCACUGGCAUGCGGUGGUCUCGCGAUGAAUUCGUUCGACAACAUGGAUGAAUCGUGCCUGGGCUUCGCGGGACUUGUCUACGAGCACGUGCUCGGUGAAAACAAGUACACGUUCGUGGAGGACUGCAAGAACCCGAUGUCCGUGACGAUCCUCAUGAAGGGCCCGAACAAGCACUCGUUGGCGCAGAUCAAGGACGCCAUCCGCGACGGUCUGCGUUCGAUCAACAACGCUAUCGAGGAUAAGAAGCUGGUGCCGGGAGCGGGCGCCUUUGAGGUGCGCGUACACAAUAAGCUGCGCGAGUACGCGAAGACCGUGAAGGGAAAGACCCGGCUCGCAAUUCAAGCAUACGCUGACGCUAUGCUCGUGGUGCCGAAGAUUCUGGCCGUCAACAGCGGAUAUGAUGCGCAGGAAACGAUUGUACGACUGCAGGAGGAGGAUUUGUUGAAUGAGGACCCGAUCGGACUGGAUCUUUCUACUGGGGAACCGAUGAAGCCGGUCGAUCUGGGCAUUUUCGAUAACUACAUCGUGAAGAAGCAGAUGCUCAAUUCCUCCACCAUCAUCGCCGUUAACAUCCUGCUCGUGGACGAGAUCAUGCGCGCCGGCAUGAGCAGCCUUAAGGGUUAACUGUAUUUUUUUGGCUUUGCUAGUGGAGGUUGUGCUUUGCACAAGCCGUCCUUCGCGGCCUCGUAUUGCUUGUUUGUGUCUUUAUCAACUCAUUUAUCGAUUCAUUUCUUACUCACAUCUCUAAUGCAACGAGGCGAGAAAUUCCAUCGUUCUCCGGACCAAACACGGAACAAAAUAAUUAACAUAUAGUGCGCCUUGUCGCUGCAUUGUAAUCGGAUAAUCGCUUCGCGAACACACCUAAUAAACGCACCAGCUUAUUUACUUCUA